AUGUCGAUGCUUUAACUGCAUGUCGUAUUCCGACGUCAAUUUUUGCAAACGUAAAUAAUAAUUAUUUCAUAAUGUAAUUUGCAAACGUUUUUUCCAAAAUGCGAAAGUCUACUUUAUAUCUUUUGUUUCUCCGAAAGUACAUUUCUACGAGAAUUUUUUUAGUUUUGCUUCUGCGUCAAGGCUUGAUCUCUAGAAGAUUGUUUUUAAUCUUGUUCCUGCGUCGACGAUUGAUCUCCAAGAGAGUAUUUCUUAUUUUACUUCUGCGUCGGCGUUUGAUCUCUAGGAGGUUGUUUCUAAUUCUGCUUCUGCGGCGACGCUUGACGUGAAAACAGAAAGCAUUGAAUUUACAGUUUAUUUACUGCUUCAUGAAUUGAGGAUUGCACAUACUGACUCAGCAGUUUGCAGUUUGCUGCAAACCGCCUGUUUACUGUUUGCUUGUUUUCAACUACAGUUCACCAAAUUCCAGUAUUAUCAACUUGGUGUAUCACCGAGUCUUCACAUUUUUCCGAAUUUGAAUUAUUUUGAUUUGAAUUAUUUAUCUCGCUGGGGUAUAACACUGUUGCUGUGAGGUCCAGAACAUUUUUCCACUCUGAUUCUGGAGUCCUAAAUUGGUCCGUUGUUAUCCGUCAACAAUGGACGAAGUGGAAUCUGGAGAUUCGGAUCCCAAUGAGUUAGAGGGCGAAAACCCUGAAGAGGAAGAAGAAGAUCUCGAAGAGGAACCCGAACCCGCCCCAGUGGUCGUGACACCCCCCGCCGCUAAAAAGAAAAAGAAAAAAGGGACGGGGAAGUCCAAGCGCAAGAGCAAAAAGUCCUCCGCCAAGCAGACUAAAGUGGCCAAGACCUCGCAUCCUUCCAGUGCGCAGUUGGAGGGCGAAACGGACGAUCUGGAGCUGUCGUACACGGACGGGGAUGGCGGCGAGCGUAGUGGCAAGAAACGAGAAAUCCCCAAACCAACGAUGAAUAUCAUGAUGCAUCAUCCCUUCCCCUUUAAAAAUCCGGAUUAUAUUCUCAAGCGCAGAGCCAUCGAUGAAGAUAAAUCUCCAUAUCGGCUGCUGAAGCACAUUAUCGCCCAGGAGAAAGCGGAAUGGGGAGAUGUGCCGUCGCAUCCCUCCUAUUGGACUAUCCGAGCGCCUCCGCGGCUGAAGCCCGCGAAGCGAUACUCCGACAUUUCUGGUUUGGAAGCGAAAUACAUCGAUCCAGAAACCAAACUACAUUACGCGGACGCUGAGGAGUUUGAAGUAUGCCGCUCACUGACCAGGGAUCUGGUGCAGAGUUAUUUACGACUACGAGGAUUUGUAGACAUAAUCGGCUGACCGGCGAACGCCAAUUGUCUACUGAAUUCUGUAAACUGCCAAAAUUCGUUUGUGUUUCAUUUAAGAAAUAAGAUGCGCAUCGUCCAUCGAUAGACUCCUGUUUGUUUGUUUUGCAUUUUUGUUUUGUAUCGACGCAAACCAGUUCUGUUUUCAGUGUUUUGUACAGAAAUCAGUAUAAUUUGGGGAUAAAUAUAUUGAAGAUUUG